UGUGUCAAAGAAACAAUGUUGCUUUAUUGUUCUUGUUUCUACGAAAAAUGGCUUGAAAAGAAAGGGAGGGAGAAUGGAAAAGAGAGGAGUAUUAAAGCAAAAGCAAAAAAGAGGAAAAAAGAAUUUGGAGCUCAAUACAUUAAUAUGAAGAAAAGUCUUGGCGUAAGCAUUGGUAGCAGCGGCAGAUCAUCGGCCGGCGACGGCGACGACGACGACGAGACCUCGAAGACGGCGAUGGCGUCCUAUCAAGCGAGAGAAGAGGAGAUUGAGAGGAGAAAAAUGGAGGUGAGGGAGAGGGUCGAAUCUCAGAUCACCCGCGUAGAAGAAGAGUCUAAGCGUUUGACACAAGUUUGGGCGGAACUCGAAGAGUUGACAGAUCCAAUGAGAAAAGAGGUGUCCAAUGUGCGCAGAAGAUUAGAAUUAGCCAAUCGUGACCUCAAAUCCCUUCAACAGAUCUGCCAAAAAAAAGAAAAAGAAUACAAAGAAGCAAUGGAGGCUUUUCAAGAAAAGAGCAAUGAAAGAUCACAACUCACCACAUCCCUUAUGGAGCUGUUGAACGAAAGUGAGAAAUUCAGAAUGAGAAAGCUGGAAGAACUCAGCAAGAUAGCCAACUUAAAAGCAUGAAAUGCUUGACCAUUGCACUUCUAUUAGUAUUAUUAUUAUUUUCAUUUUUUUUGUGUGUGGACCUUUUCUUGAAUCAAAUGCCCUCAAAUCUUCAUUCAA